CUUCAUUUCUUGUCCAAAAUAUUAUUCCUUCUUAUUCUUUCCCUAAUAAGUUCAUUUUUUUUCAUUCUUUUUAAACUUAUAAAAUGGGUUUAUCUCACAAUAAUCCAAGGAAAUUUAUUUUCAUUCUCUUGAUAAUUUCUCAAAUAUUGUGUAUGAUUAACAAUAGUAAAAGUGAUGAAAUUACAGAGCAAAAACCAGCAAAUUUUGUUUUUGGAGAUUCAUUAGUUGAUGUUGGAAACAACAACUACAUUAUAACUUUGUCUAAGGCAAAUUAUGUGCCAAAUGGUAUUGAUUUUGGAAGACCAACUGGAAGAUACACCAAUGGACGUACUAUUAUUGACAUUUUAGGUCAACAGCUUGGAUUGGGAGGAUAUACCCCACCUUACUUGGCUCCAACCACAAGAGGGAGUGUGAUUUUGCGAGGGGUCAAUUAUGCUUCUGGUGCUGGUGGUAUUCUUAACAAGACUGGUUAUGCUUUUGGUGGGAGAUUAAAUUUGGACGCACAACUGGAUAACUUUGCAAAUACAAAGCAAGAUAUGAUCUACAGCAUAGGAGAAGCAGCAACAAAGGAACUUCUAAGUAAAGCCUUGUUUUCAGUGUCAAUGGGAUCUAAUGAUUUCAUCAACAAUUACUUAACUCCAAUUAUGUCAAAAUUUGAGCAACAAGUGGUGUCUCCAGAAGCUUUUGUAGAUGCCAUGAUAUCAAAAUAUAGACUUCAGCUUACGAGACUUUACAAUAUGGGGGCCAGGAAGAUAGUAGUGGUAAAUGUUGGACCAAUUGGUUGCAUACCUUAUGAAAGAGAUUUAAAUCCAUUAGCAGGAAAUGAUUGUGUUGAUUUUCCUAAUCAAUUAGCUCAAUCAUUUAAUCUUGAAUUGAAGAGCCUUGUCACAGAAUUAGGCACCAACCUUGAAGGAUCUCAGUUCGUUUAUGCAGAUAGUUACCGCAUUGUCAUUGAUAUCCUCACCAAUUACCAAACUUAUGGUUUUGAGAAUGCAAAUUCUGCAUGCUGCUAUGCUAGUGGGCGUUUUGGGGGUUUAAUACCCUGUGGUCCAACAUCAAAAAUAUGCAGUGAUAGAUCAAAGUAUGUGUUUUGGGACCCAUAUCAUCCGUCUGAUGCAACUAAUAUCAUUGUUGCUAAACGUCUAAUUGAUGGAGACUCCAAUGAUAUAUCCCCUAUCAACAUCCGACAACUAAUCAAUCCUUGAACUUAAUGUUGCAUUCAUUUAUGCAUCAUAAAUUUAGUACCAUACUUCAUUACUGCUACUCUUACGUAAAUAUUGUUAUUCUUUCACUAUGCUUGCAAAUUGCAAUCAUACAAAUUUUUUACAUUUGUAUCUGUAACUGUGUUGUCUUUUUUUUUUUUAAUGUAUUAUUUCUUAUUAUUAAAGGUGUAAGAUUAUAUGUAGUGGUGAUUGAUGAGCUAAUGAUCAAUAAAUUCAAAGUUGUUCAUUUA